AUGAGGCGUGGCAACGGCCCAGCGAUUACCGGCCCGGGCGAAUGUGAACGCGUUAUGAAUGCUGGUGAGCGGCAGUUCAAAGUUGUGCAGAGCUGGAGACUGAAGAAGGGACGCGGCGUUGACUUCACUACCAAGCUCUUCGACCCCAAGGCUGGCAAGCGCGCAGCUGCUAGAAAUAGCGACACCUCGGAGGCUUGUGAAGCAGAUUUGUCCAAGGUGGCCCGCGAAAAAGCUGACGAGAUCAUGAAGGGCAAGCGAGAGGCAGCUCGGAGAGCGGGCGGCGGCGGCGAGGCAGCUUUCUCCAAAUUUUUCGAGUGGCCGGACUACAUCAACUUCAACAGGAUCUGGAAAUUGGAGAAGGGCGAGGACAUCAAGGACCCUGGCCGCACUUUGUUCCUCUCGACACGGUGUAAGUGUCUGACCACCCUGAAAACAGACCAGUGCGCGUGCAAGAUCCACAUGCAGCAAGACCUGAAUCUGAAGGCGCUGCGCGAAGUGGACGUGCAGGGUCGUGCAGCAUACGACUGUCGGUGGUGCAGCGCCCUGGACGGACAAGCGGCGUGGAAGGGGAUGUGGAAACACCUGGGGACGUUUUCGGAAGCGCUGGCAUGCCCAAAGGUGGACCUACUAGAGGAGGACCCGGAGGAUGAGGUUUUCAAAUGGACCCGGUAUGAAGACGUUGAGGGGCCCGGGAAGAAGCCCCUGCAAAACCAACAAGUCGAGAAAGAGGGCAAGCUCUGCGACCUGUGGGCAGACUUCAAGAAGCACAGGGCGGCUGGUGUGGUGAAGUUCUUGAAAGAGUACUUUGACCAUAUCGGGGCUGGGAACAAGGAGCUUNCAUUUUGCGGCCACCUCUCACUUCAAAGGCUGCCACGACGGGAUCGGCGGGGUGGCGAAGAACGCAUGAGGAUGUCCGAGCAACGUGGCGAUCUCAUCGCAGGGGCGGCUGGUGUGGUGAAGUUCUUGAAAGAGUACUUUGACCAUAUCGGGGCUGGGAACAAGGAGCUUGCGGACUACUUCGCCACGUGGUCGCCGUAUCGCAUCCGGCGUGUGCAUGUGAAGCUCAUCGGGCUGGGCGCUGUCUACAGGCCGGAGCAGCAGCUCAAAGGCAUCACAGGUACUCGAGACGCCUACCUCUUUGUAGGGGCCAACGUGGGGCUUACGGACCGCGCGACCACGACUAGACGGGGGAGAGACGAAAGUGUUCCGGACGUGGUGGAGAAAGAUUGGUCACUGGCGAUGGGAAGGGACGUGGGGGAGGGGGAGGGGACGGAGCUCACAGUGAAAAGGGCAAAGUCGUAUGUGCCGUGGCGCCCGGCGUGGGAAAGGGGCGGGGCUACGGGAGAGGAGAGCCAGCAUGAAGGUGAGGGGGAGAGGGAGGAAGAGGAGGAAGUAGAGUCGGAGAGGGAGGAAACUGAGCCGGGGUGCGAGAGGGUUCGCGCCGAGAAGGUCAUCCUCGCCCACGAGCUUUACACCUCGGCCGCGUCUUGCUUUUGCUCAGCGUGCCGACGGCGCGAGUACAACAUGUGCUUUACGAAUAGCAUGUAUCCGGGGCAAGUCCCCGUGCUUAAAGCAGACGAAGUUGAGGAGACGGUCAUUAGGGUCACUGGGGUAGAUCCUGUGGUUGGAGUUGACCCCGUCCCUGGUAGCAAGAGAGAAUCGAAAGCAAUCAUGUUCGGCAAGGAGGAUUGCUGUAUGGUAAAGAGGGUGCCUGCUCGGAACCCGCCCAGGGGAGCCCCCUUUGCACACCUUCGGGACCCCACGUUUAUUCGCCAACCGUGGGCACGGUGGUUCCACAAGCUUCUCCACACGAAGUCGCCGACCAUCGACCUGCAUGCGGCUGACAAGGUCAAGCGGUGGCCCACGUGCGUGCCACUCGACGGCCUCCCAUCUCUACUUGAGGUUGAGGAAGCGGUACGGGAAAUGGCCAACAGAAAGGCCGUCGGGCCGGACGACCUACCGGCUGAGCUGAUCAAGCUUUUCCUGGACGGAGAUCAAGGUCUCCUCCGCGAAUUCCACGUGUUAUGGGCUAACGGAGGUUCGAUUUUCUCGCCAUUCGAUUUUACGGGUUCCUUCCACCAGAUCACCGUCCACAAGGACACUGGCCCCCUUACGGCGAUUGCGACCCCCACUCGUUUGUUCGAAUGGCUCCGCAUGCCGAUGGGUUCUAGUCAAUCCGCAGGCCACUUUGUAGAAGUGAUUAGCGAAGUGAUCAAAGGACUUGAUGGAGUCAAGGCGUACCUCGAUGACGUCGUUGUUUUUGACGAAGGCCCGCUGCAGCAUGUCCUUAAUAUGCGCACGCUCUUCGAAGGGUUGAGAAAGUACGACCUCAAACUUUCUACCUCGGAAGCUACCAUCGGUACCACCAAGGCUGACUUCUUGGGGCACACCAUGUCUUCGAAAGGUGUCUUCCCCAACGCCCGUAAUGUCACCGUCCUGGCAGGACCCUCCGGCCGUUGCACCCACUUUUACCGCGUCUUCUGUCCCUGGCUCUGCUGUCCCUGGCUCUGCUGUUGCCCCAACCGCCGUGGCCCCCGCCAUUGCUGUUCCUACUCGUGA